CGGGAGAUCUAAGUCUUGGUUGAGGUGAAGUGGCAGCUGCAGUAUUGGGAGAUGGCGCAGUUUGUGCGAGGUGACCCGCAGGAGCUGCUGGAGGAGGUGGAGUUGCAGAUUGAUGAUGCUGCCUUUUCAUUGACCAAGCUGCUUGAAGCAACAUCAGCCUUAUCAUCCCAGGUGGAAGAGCUUGCAUCUAAAUGCACAGAAAAUGCCCGAUUCCUGAAGGCCUGGCGAAACCUCUUGAAAGAGGGUUAUCAAUCUUUGCAGCCGAGCACUGCAGUUGUGGCUGAACUUCCAGUAUCUGGGCAAUGAUGUACCUUUCUCAUC